AGCUUCUCUCUACUGGGGACGCUGCCCGAUCCAUGAAUCGUUCAACCUGGCUAAAUUACUGAUAUUCACAGCAACUCCACACUUUGUUGGUUCUGGCAAGUCACUGGCUCUAAAUUACAACCCGGGGGGUCAGGUUCCCCCAGUAUCUGAGACGAGGCGUGAGGCGCAAGGUCACGGCGGCUGGGCAUCCGCAAGGCGGGUCCCCGCCCCCAGCCCCGGUCCCCGGCCGCGGCUCAAGGCCCUGCGCGCCCGGCGCCGGCAGCGCGGGAGACAGGCAGCCGGGAAGGGCCCGCACAGGCAGGGCCGGCCGGUGCCGCACACCGACUUCUCCCGGCAAAAGCCCGUCGUGCGCCCCAGGAACGCGGGGGACAGGGCUGGGAACUGCAAACAGGAGGCUCUAGGGACAAAGGUGGGCCGGAAGGGGACGGUGGGGCAGGCCGGGCUCCCGGGCCUCACACAGCGCUCACCUGCCUCCCGGGCUCGCUCCCGGCCUCUCCGCGGCCGCCGGCUUCGCACCUCGCGGCUCUCGCGAGAAGAGGAGGCUGCGGGAGCGCCGGCAGGGCGGAAGUGGCCUGGCCGACCUCCUGGGUCUGUCCGCCGCGUCGCCGUCGGCUGCGUGCCCGCUUUCAAGAUGGCGGCGGCAGCGGCGGCCUUGUCCGGCGCCCUCGGCCGGGCGGGCUGGAGGCUCCUGCAGCUACGGUGCCUGCCCGUGUCCCGUUGCCAGUCAGCUGUGGUGUCACGUGCCUUCCAUGCUUCCACUAUGCAGCUAAAGUCUUCAGAUGAGCAGAAACAACAGCCUUCCCAAUCUUUUUCUCAGCAACAGUCCGAAACACAUGAGGCAGAAGAACCCAAUCCAGAAUCUUCUCGUUCACCUCCCAGGUACACAGAUCAGGGCGGUGAGGAGGAAGAGGACCAUGAGAGUGAGGAGCAGUUGCAGCACCGCAUCCUGACCGCAGCCCUGGAUUUCGUGCCUGCCCACGGGUGGACAGCAGAGGCAAUUGCAGAAGGAGCCCAGUCUCUGGGUCUGUCCAGUGCAGCAGCCAGCAUGUUUGGGAAUGAUGGCAGUGAACUGAUACUGCAUUUUGUGACCCAGUGCAAUGCUCGACUCACUCGUGUGCUUGAAGAGGAGCAGAAGCUGGUCCAGCUGGGCCAGGCAGAGAAGAGGAAGACAGACCAGUUCCUGAGGGAUGCAGUGGAAACCAGACUGAGAAUGCUGAUCCCGUACAUUGAGCACUGGCCCCGGGCCCUCAGCAUCCUCAUGCUCCCUCACAAUAUCCCAUCCAGCCUAAGCCUGAUCACCAGUAUGGUGGAUGACAUGUGGCAUUAUGCUGGGGACCAGUCCACUGACUUUAACUGGUACACCCGCCGAGCCGUGCUGGCUGGCAUCUACAACACGACAGAGCUGGUGAUGAUGCAGGACUCGUCCCCAGACUUCGAGGACACUUGGCGCUUCCUGGAAAACCGGAUUAAUGACGCAAUGAACAUGGGCCACACUGCCAAGCAGGUAAAGUCCACUGGAGAGGCACUGGUGCAAGGACUUAUGGGUGCAGCAGUGACGCUCAAGAAUCUGACAGGUCUAAACCAGCGCCGGUGAGCAGGACAGCGUGUGAGCUAGAGUGCCCAGAAGAAAAGCUACAGAUAUAUUGAAAGGGCUUUGAAAACUAUGAAGUGCCGUCCGUGGAACAGGGUGUUAAUGGGAAAACACUGAAGGACUCCUUAGUCACUCUGACAGCCACCUGGAAACCACAGAGCACUUGAUACAGCUACAGCUGUAGCCUAUAAUCAGGCUACUUCUUUAGUUCCAAGUGCUAGGCCAAGCCUCCUGAUGCUUCUCUUCAUUGCAGCUGGGUGACUGAAAAAUGAGGCUCUCUUCCAAGCAUUCGAGCCACAGAAACCCAGCACAUCUGUAUCAUGAUCUCACGGAUACUUUGAUCAUGUCUUAACCUUCCUAGAGUGUUCUCUGGGGCUCCCAAAUCGGAGUCAGGGUGUGAAGCCAUUACAAAUGGCAGCCCAUCCCUGGCACGGCACGGGCUUGUGCACACAGGUGUUCCUCACACCCCCUCUCCUCUUUGGCGUCCUGAGAUGCUGCACCUGGGAACCCCUUAAAAAGCUGCCUCACCUGAGACCAGUGCCUCCGGGCAGUGGUACUCAGCCUGGCUAGAGGCGGGAACCCAGGCCCGUUGUGUUACACCAGUAUGUGUGGCAGGGUUAUUAGUGAACUUAAGAGUCUGUAAAAAUAGUAAUAAAUAUGUUGGAAGCAGG